CAUAAGUACAAUAAUCUUGCCCCUCCCUGCUCCUCAUAUUGAACAUCUUAAUAGGCGCUCGACCCAGUAAAGAGAUCAAUUGCCGCUAUUAUUCCAACAAAUAUGUCUCAGAAAGCCGCACUCCUGAUUGGUAACCUCAACCACACAAAGAGCCAAUGGCAGGAGGUCGAGAGCGUCGCUUCAAAACUGUACGAGUACCCGACUGGAUCGCGGGAAGAUUUCAUAUCGAAGUGCCAAAAAGGUGAUUUUGAUGGCGUUUAUGCGCUCUACCGGAGCAAUGAUUCGAACAAGAUUACCGGCAACUUCAACGACGAACUCCUCGAGGCGCUCCCAUCAUCGCUUAAGUACAUCUGCCAUAACGGUGCUGGCUAUGACAACAUUGAUAUCCCCGCGUGCACAAAAAGGGGCAUAUCUGUUUCGAGUACGCCGGUGGCUGUCAAUGAUGCGACCGCCGACGUGGCUCUCUUCCUCAUGCUCGGCGCGUUGCGUAAUAUCACACAAUCUUUCCGGGCCGUGAGACAAGGCAAUUGGCGCGGUAACUUCGCAUUGGGACAUGAUCCUAAGAACAAGGCUCUCGGCAUCUUAGGUAUGGGAGGAAUUGGCCAAGCUAUGGCGAAGCGGGCGAGGGCAUUCGGGAUGACGAUCCAAUAUCACAAUCGUCGGCGACUGAGUCCAGAGGAGGAAGAAGGAGCAAAAUACGUUAGCUUCGAAGAGUUAUUGAAGACAUCUGACGUCCUUAGUCUGAACCUUGCGCUCAAUCCGUCUACGAGGCACAUCAUUGGCAAGCCACAAUUCGACAUAAUGAAAGAUGGUAUCAUUAUCAUCAACACGGCGCGCGGGCCACUGAUUGAUGAGGCAGCACUUGUCGAUGCACUCAAUAGCCGCAAGGUCUGGUCCGCGGGAUUGGAUGUGUUCGAAGAAGAGCCCAAAAUUCAUCAGGGGUUGUUGGACAACGAGAAUGUUGUUCUAUUGCCGCACGUCGGAACGGCAACGUUCGAAACUCAGCGCGAUAUGGAACUGCUUGUUCUGGACAACCUGAAGUCGGCAAUAAGUCAAGACAAGCUGUUGACACAAGUUCCCGAGCAAAAGUAAGCCUACAGCUCAUGUAAUAACUAGAGCCAUAUUUGAGAAUGUAAUGAAAGAGGACUCGGCGAAAAUACUUCGGUUUUUGUAGCAAUCAUGGAGAAGGAGUUGUUGUUCUACUCCUUUUGCGUGCCGAGGAAGGCACGGCCCUCGUUCGGAUGAAAGGACCUGGAAGCUCAGCAGCACUUUCUGAGGUAUCUCACAAGAAUUUAUCGUCAAGAUAUCUCCUUUUGGAUAUUCAGGAUUGCCGACGGAUCAGUUCAUUACUUUUCACAAUAGGCUUUUGCUUUUAAAAUAUUGUAGUACGCCCAGUCACAAGAAGUACAGCAAUGUAUUCAGCUUUAUUCAAUCGACUACCUAGAGCUCUAGACAUAGACAAACGACAAUAGGCCCC